GCCGAAUUUUGACUAGUGUGUCUUCAAGACGGUUCGGCAAAGGAAGUCGCGGCGGGUUGUGUUGGAGGCGUCGCGUGGAAAAACGACAGGAAUUCGCACGGAAACGACGGUCAUGUGAUUUGCUGAAACAAUGUGUGGAUGUGUCGUCAUUUGGGUGAGGAGAGGCACGGUGCUCUGAAGUGUGAGGUCGUGGAAUAGUGUUAGAAAAGUAUGGAGAGUAGAAGAAGGAGUCCUGCCGUGUGGCGUUCGAUAGUAGUACAGAGGGGCGUUUAGCAAGGACCUGCAUGACUUAUGUUGUUUGUGGCUUGUGGACGCUUCUGUCAAAAGUAGGCGACCCAUAGCUCUUCUUAAGAUGCAGGCUAUUUUCCCCUUAUCGACAGAGGAGAAGGAAGAGAUGUUAGCGGAAGACCGCCUGGGAACGUGAAAUAUGUGGAAUAAUGAUAUGAAAGAACCACUCGUGACUGAUCGGUUUAGGGGGCGGAGAAGGAAUUCGAGUGACAAGGCUUCGCGAAUGAAUCAGAAAAGACGACGAUGAGUCACAAGAGCUUUUGAGGGAGUGUGGGAGGCGGAAUCGAGCCAGGGUCAGCAUGCCCAGGUGUGCCCAUCAUAUCAAUCCAGCAGCCCCUAGUACCCAUGUAUAUAUGUCUCCGAUGGCCUUGAACCCCCGAGAGAGAGACUUUUAAAACAUUUCGCAACUCUUCGCUGACUUGUUUCGUCAAUUGUGAUGCAGUUCCUUCGCUAAUGUAGUACCCAUUCGGAAUUUGCUUUGAUGAAUAAAAGGUCGCCAGAACUGAUUCGAGAGAGAGAGAGAGAGAGAGAGAGAGAGAGAAUAAGACGCAAUACCCGGAAAAGUAUAUACCCAUCGCGCUGUGAUCAACUGUAACAUCUCUCUCUUCGAUGCCGCCGCCAGAUGCAGUAGUUUCAGGACCGAAUCCCCGAAGAAGUGACUAGGAGGGAGGAGAAUGGCCAUCUUGUCGUCCUGUUUGUGUUGCAGCCUGCUACUCGGCUCGAUCAUCGCUGGCGUCUACGUAACGAUUGUGUAUUUGGCAGCCUUCAUCGUGAGUGUUUGGUGGAUAGUCGAAGCUGAAGGUAACGCAGCGGCUGACGAGGAACAUACUGGAACGGUGCCGAUUCCCAUUCCAGCGUAUCUGCUCAGUCUGGGAUAUUUCAUCGUCAUAGUCAUGUCGGUCUGGAUGCUUCAAGGUCUCUACAGGAAAAACGAGAAGGCCCUGUUGGUGUGGGUGUUCGUCAUGACGCUCUUCUGCUUUCCGGAGAUGGGAAUGGUGAUCUUCAUGAGCCUCGUUCAUUGGAAAAUCACCUCAUCGUACGGGCUGGCAGACUUGAUAUUCUAUCUCAUCAGAGCGACGUUCAACCUGAUGGCCGUGGUGUGCGUACAUUCGCAAUACUCCACCUGGAAGGAAGAUAUUGCCAAUUCAGAAACGCUGAAAAGACUCGAACAUCUUCAUAUGAAUACCUUAACCAAAAAUCGUGGCAAAGCUACGACCGAUUCUACAACCUUGGCUUAUCACAACCCAGCGUUCGUUUCGUCAGCUGAGCCUACAAUGUCCAUACCGCUUUCUGCGUCGCCGACGUUGCUUCAAAGGUCGUACUCGAGGGCGUCCCAAAUCUCGGGGUACCAGGACCCUCCUCCGCAGGUCCUAGGUGCCCUAGCCCCGAUGAAGAUGGGGGUGCCUGGGUGGGACCCGUAUAUCUCGGUAACCAGGGAGUCUCAGUCCGAAUUCAAUGCAGCCGUUUUCUCUCCAAGUUCUGUUGCAGGAUUCAUGCCGUUAAUAGCUGCUAGCAGAAGUGAGGCAGCGUUGUAUCCGACGGCCGGAUACAACAUUUACCACCAUAAUCCACAGGCGAUGUACCCGAUGGAUUAUCCUUACGUGUCCAGUCUCCCGCCCACUCAGGCUUUCUCUACGCAGUCGCUAGACAGGCGGAGGUACGUGCGACGAGGCAGAAACGGCGUGCCCUCAACGUCGAUGGACGCCCUGAACAUCCGAACACCAGCGGCCUACAAUCACCAAGUUAACGGCAUGGUCAUGGUACGACCCAACAACGAGAGUCGUAGCUCUUUGGGAGCUGACAGCGACGACCUCAGAAGAUACAGGGAUGUAGCCUUAUAGGUGUUCUCAUUCAUAGGUUGCUGGAACAUACUCAGGAUGUACCAAAUCCAUUCCACAGGCCGGUCCAGGCCUGGAAAUUUGGUCGGCAGCCUUCAUGGCUGUUGAUUGUGCUUCGUGUUGUGUAUAUACUUACGAAAAAUCAGCCCAGUUUUCAAUAUAUCUGAAAUCACGAUCUGAACUUCGACAGACAUUUGGCUUGAAUUCAGAAAGACUUAUAGUGAAUACUUUUAACAUUCCGUCAUACGUUGUAUCAUAGAAGCGAGACAGAGAAGGAGGAGGAGACAGAGAAUCAAAAUAAUAAUAUAUUUGUAUUUAUACUUCUAAGUAAAUUAACACUGUGCUCAUGUGCGUUCUCACUCACGUGGUGUAUCUGAGUAUAACAUUUUAUAUCAUAGUUGUAUAUGUACUGCAAUAUUUUUGUAAUAUGUUUGAUAUUUUUUUAAUGAUUUAUCGUUCUGUUUAUCAAAUUUUAUCCCAUCUUUUUCUUCUUGCAAUGGUUGUGAAUCAGUAGGAGAGAAGUUUUCUCGUACUUUGAUGGUAUCAAACUUUGAUACCAUUAGAAGAUUUUAGUUGGUCUUGACUGACGAUCCGACUUGUCGAGUUGACGGUACUCAGUCCCAUUUUCAUACCACGGAGAUGACUUUAAUAAUAAUAACAAUUUACCAUGGAUAUUGUACAGCUCUUUGUAGUCAGCGGUUCCCAGAAUAAUAGUUCUUCCUCAUUUCUGAUACUGCAUAGCAAUACUCUAAUUCCUUCACUAAUUCUUCAUGGCCUCUCUUACCUCUCCUCUCACUCUGACAGCUUUCAGUCUCUCAUUUGGUGCUCCGACACUGCUUCCUGGUGCCUAGAGGGAAUCUAAGACGUCCUCAUGAUACCUGGGUCUCGUAGGAGUCUCCAGAACUCGCAUGAUUCCGAUAAGAAUUUCCAACACCGACAUCCACCACCUAACAGGACUCGACAACAACUGGUUUGCAAACCAACUAUACUAACCAAGCGAUAAGGACUCUCUUUACUCCGCCGAGGAGUUCAGUCCAAUCUUUUGGACUGUUGUAAUGUUUCUCAUCUUAGGACUUAUCAUUUUGGACGAUCUUGAAAAAGAGUUGAACCAUAGUGCUCUAUCAUAUCAGUUAAAUUUUAAUUCUUUCAUCUUUGCGGCAAUCCAGCUCUAUUCUGAGCUUGCUACUCUGACUUUUCUUUAAGAAAGGACAUUAAUAUGCAUUCCCCUUCAGUCCACGGUGGCUUCUUUCUUUGCCUGGUAGAUUUUUGUAGACUAUAUUAACAUGGCCCCCCCUUGAUUUUUCUCGCUCUUUAGUGUCCAGGCAAGAUUUUGGCAACUAAUACCUCUAUCACUGUCUUCUAUGAUAAAAGGAAUAAGCAUUUUAACAACCAGGGCAAUCCUGUUGCAUUUAUUUAGGGUUGUAAGCCUCGUAACAUUUACGGUCGUAACCAAAGAAUUUUGGGAACCACUGCUUUACACUGAUAACUGUCCAUGAAUAAAGUUGUUGAAGUUUAUAAGUGCAGGCGCUUUUACAAAGUCAUCUCCCGAGUAUGACCACUGUAAAUGGUUUGUAUAAUUGUGUGAUAGCAGUCUUCUAAAGAAUUGUAUUAUACUUUGCAGAUGAAACAUCUGACGUUUUUUGUAACUAAGAAGAGGUUGUAAUUACAUACUAAUAUAUAUAGAUAUUCGUUAA